UUCUUGUAAAUGGAGGAAAACCCAGUUCUUCGUUUGAUCUCCCAAAGCUUAAAUGGAAUAGCUUUGAGUACUCAGUCAAAUUUCAGCCAUCCCUAGAGUUUAUGAAUGGUACUGAUGUAAUUUGGCAAAUACCCAACUCACCAAAAGCCGUCCUUUUCAUCGCCCAUGGUUGUGAUUGCCGAGCUGCUAACUUUUGGGAUCGGUCACCCACUUGCCCUAAAUGUGUUGGGUUGCCCGAAGAUAGGCUCAUUGUUCAUCACGCACUUGAUCGAAAAUUUGCGGUUCUGACAAUUUCGAGCAUUGGUAGAUGUUGGUCAUUAGGAAAAGAGAAAGAAAAUGUUAAACGGAUUAUUAAACAGUGGAUCAAGAAACAGAAGCUAGAUAAGCUUCCGGUUGUGGCUAUGGGAGCUUCUUCUGGUGGGUAUUUUGUUUCUGCGCUUGCUGCCGAGAUGAGAUUUAGUAGCAUUGUGAUUAUGAUCGCUGAAGGGGUUUUUGAGCAGAUGGGUGUACCUGAGGGCUAUCCUCCUACUCUUUUUGUUCACAUGCCUAAAGACCAUCGCAGAGAGAAAUCAAUAGAGAUGAAUAUGAAAGUUUUUAAGCAAAAGAGUGUUGAUGUGAGAGAGAUAAGGUGUAUGGAGUUUCCGUUAACUCCGAAUUUUCUAUCGGAUAGGAUUCCGGGGCUUGACAAGAAAUUCUCAGCUCAGUUGUUUGCUUUGUUUCGGGAGAAGGGUUUUGUUGAUGAGAAUGGGUAUAUGAGGAAAGAUGGUCGAAGAACUCCAUGGAGAGAAGCUUUGAAGGAAAGGGGAUUAUUGUUGAAGAAGAAUGAAUGGGAUAAUCACAUUCAAGAAGAGCUGAACCUUGCAUUUGGGUACCAUGAAAUGACUAGCUUGCAGUCAGAUGACAUGCUUGGUUGGUUUGAAUCUCACAUGAGCUAGUUAAAUCUUCUGACCUUGGAUAUGUUGUUGUUUAGGAUGUUGUGUUUUCCUAAGAGUUUUCUUGUAAACUGAAGAAGUACUUGAUAUUACCCACUAAGUUACUAAAACAAUAUGCAAAUACUUCGCUGUCUCAUUUGGUUG